CAACUUUGUAACUCGCCGUCAUCCUCUUGCCACACCUCGAUAAAAACUGAUACCAUAAGGAUGUACAAGUAGGCAGACGACCAAUCAACAUUGGAACGUGCCCAGAAGCUCAAAGAUGAAGGAAACACCAUGUUUGCUCGGAAAGACUAUGCAUCUGCGAGCGUCAAGUACACAGAGGCUAUAGCCCUCGAUGAAAAGAAUCCUAUUCUUUACGCCAACCGAUCUGCUUGUCGACUCCAUUUGAAACAGUUUCUCGAUGCAGCCACUGACGCGCUUAUGGCCACAAAACUCAACCCGUAUUAUGGGAAAGCCUGGGCGAGAUUAGCGACCGCAAAAGAUGCUCUAGGACAACCCGAAGCCAGUACGUUAGCGUGGCAGGAGGCGAUUGAUACGUUGCCAAAAGAGAAUCUUACUGAAUCCGAGCGGAAGCAGAAAUCGGAAUACGAAACCGGUCUGGCUGCUGCAUCCAAGGCACUCGAAGCAUUGAACUUGGGUGCAGACCAAUCCGGUCGAUUUUUAUUCAAAAACGAUGAGAGGAGUCUCUUACCCUGGAUGUGCGCAUUGGCCAUGAUACCUCAGUUAGAACGUGAGCGGAAAUUUGAGAGCAGUGCGUGGACAAUCUCCCAGGCGUACUUAUCCCUCGAGCAAGGUAACGAAUGGAUGAAUGAAAUGAAAACACAGGCAAGAGGUGGGGAUGAAUCGACCAGGGUCAGACUGAAGGUCAUAGAAUUCUUUUCAAAUGCUAUCAUGUUGGACUCUCGGGCUUUCCAUGUUGGUGAUCCGGACUGGGGCAAAAAGUUCAACUUGCAAAUGAGAAUCGAGAAUAGCCACCAUAAGUCAUGGGCACCAUUUGGACCCGAGAAGCUCUUCCGAGAGGUGGAAGAUAGAUUAGCCAGGGAAGGAUGGGAAUCUGUACGACCGGCGCUAAGUACUACUGUGCGGUCUUGGAUAAUGUUUGGUUUCUUAGAGGGAAUAACGAGAAGGAAUUAUACUUCUGAAGCUGAGCACAUGAUCCGAGCCAUCGAUGUCAUUAAAUGGGGACGUGAAACCUGGAAGAACGUACCCUCGGAGGAUCGUGGCGUCAUCUUUCUCGACUCUUUCCUUCGAGGCGUCCAAAAGCUACACAUCGAGGCGUUGGUCAAGGUCUGUGCCACCGAAAAAGAUAUCCCUAUAAAACUGCAGCGUUUAGAAGACUUGUUGAAGGCGGCGGAAGAGAUGAUCAAAGGCAUUGAUGGUAGUCAAGCUCCGGCUCGUCAAGAUGGCCCGUCGUCUGCAGCGGCUUUCUAUUAUUAUCCUCGAGGAUAUGCCCUUGGGGCAAAAGCAUUUUACUACGGUAGGAAAGCGGAGCUCACUGAUACGGAGCAAGCACGAAAAUUACACGCGCAAGCAUUCUUUAACUACGUGCGAGCAACAAAGGAUAUUCCUGAAGACGAUGAACAGCAUGCUUUAUAUUUGAAAGCUGCGAUUGAGCAUAUGAUCAAAGCAGGAGCACCCGUUGGUGUUCAGCUGAAGUGCAUGGAAAAGCUCAGGCUGUCCAUCGAGAGGAUGGGCCAGAUAUGGGGCAAAAUGUUAUCGGCCCAACAGCGGGAAUAUGAUUUCGUUGGUGUUCUGGGAUGGGAGGAGAAGUAUAAAAGGCUUCUUGCUGAAGGCGAGAUCACCGAGGACUCUUGCAUGGUUUUUGACAAGACCAUAAAUAAUGGCCCAGCUUCUACAACGUGAAAUUUAAAAUCUACAUCUCAGAGUGGUAUGAUCCUAGAUGUCAUUACCUGUCUCCUACUCUCUCCGACGCUUUCUUGCUCCUUGGUUUCUAGACAAGCUCAAGUUGUCAUGAAUGUCAAAUGGUUGCAUUUAUGCGUUGCCGUCCUUUCGUUGCUCGACAGCCGACGGUCUGCUAGCUUGAAGGCUACGGCUCGUUGCCAGCACGAUUGCCAAUGUGACUUGUUGGUCCAUCAUCCAUCAAAACAAUCCAGCCCCUACAAUGUUGGUGAUGCCUCGCUAACAGUAAUCAUCAUACCACGGCCAAACCGCAACGAUUUGCAACCGUGGGGUUUUGGAGCCCCAGCCCACGUUCUAUAUACAGUUUGGAGUUGACGUAGUGUCACCACUGAGAACCACGACGCGAGCCGGUUCGGGAGUGGCGGCUACGGCCUCGGCUUCGGCUUCAGCAACCGCCAAAAG